CGUCAUGACGUAGGUCCAACGUCAGAGCCGAAGCAGCGUCGAAAACAUCAGCGGUGCCUCCUACUGCUUAAUUCUUAAAGAAAUGUAGAUCAGAGUGUGUUUAAAUGUUCGUUAUUUUAACAAAACUACGCGUGUUUAAACACACGAGUUAGUUAAAACUCGCACCUGCUAACAGCAGCUAUGCUAGUUUAGCUAACUACCUGAGAGAAGCUAGCUGCGGUCGACCAGAUGAAGACGGGCUGUUUUCAGCACAUUUCUUCAACGUAGUGCACCGAACUGAGAAAACCACGACUAACUAAGCAUUUCACAGGUAACCCAACUAAUGUUUGAGUCAAGCUACCUGCAGCUGUUACCUUUAAAUUUAGCUAACUCUAGCUGGAGAACGACCGGUACGACUCAACAGCCCAGGUGUACCAGGAGAACCAGAACACCAUGGCCAGUCCUCCUGUUCCAGGCUUUACCUGUCAGACUAAUGGAAAGGGAAACCCGACACCGGUGUGGGACUCAGGUGCUGGGCGUUCGGGUCGGAGCCGGUCCGACUCGGAAUGCAAUGCUGCCCCCACCGCGAAGAGCUUAGCUCGGCUGUGCAGCAGGGACAAAGAUGAGCGGACCACGGCUCUGGAGGAGCUGAGCCAGAAGGUUCUGGUGUGUUUAGGAUUGGACCGGCCCGGCUCGGCACAGCUGAGCAAAGAGGUCCUCCUGCAUCUGCUCCGGCUGUCCAGCCUGUGUCCGCUGAAGGAAGUCCGGAUGAAGGCGACUGAGCUUCUCCGGACCGCACAGGAAGAAGGGAUUAAUGUACCUCGAGCCUUGGCUUCUGGUCCGAGUGCUUUUAUUCCAGCUAAAGAGUUGCUGAUCGACGGGCCGAACCAGGACAUCCUGAUUGAGUCGUUCCUCUCUCUGGGUCGCGUGGACCACCUCACCAUGGUCAUGGCGCUCCACCCGGCCUACCUCAGCUGCUACCAGAGGACCCAGCACGCGCUGCUGGAGCUGGACGGGCCCUUGCCUUGUCACUGGAGACAUUACAUCGCUAUCCUGGCUGCAGCUCGCCACCACUGUGCCUACCUGGUCCAUCAGCACAGCGCCGGCUUCCUGGAGGCCGGAGGAGAGGAGGGCUGGCUCUGCAGCCUCCGGCACGCCCCCACCAAGCUCCGCAGCCUGCAAACACUCAACAAGCUGCUGGCGCACAGACCCUGGCUCAUUACACAGCAGCACAUCCAGGAGCUGGUGAGUCCUGGAGCCGAGCCCCGCUGGUCCCUGGCAGAACUGAUCCAUGCCGUGAUCCUGAUGGCGCACACACACUCCCUCUGCUCCUUCGUGUGGGGGUGUGGCCUGAACCCCGAGCCCGACCACGUUGGAGGUUACACCUUCCAGCCUUCGUCGCCCGGUCACCUUCCCCGCAGCCCUCACAGCCCGGCUCACGAGGACGGCAGGCCCGAGCUGGUGGACGGAGAAGUGGAGGUGGAGCUGCUGAUGAAGAGGAUGGUGGAGCUGCAGCAGCAGCAGGAGUGCACGCAGGAGGAGAUGGUCACUCGUUUUGAGAGGGAGAGGAGCGAGAGCAUACCAACAGCGCUGGUGCGAGGAGCUCCACCCGGCCUGGUGCUGUGUCUUGUGGAGGAACCGGAGUUCAGAUACGAGGACUUCGCCCCCCGAGGAGAGCAGUCGCCGCACAUCAUGCGAGCGCAGGACUACUCCUGGGAGGACCACGGGUUCUCUCUGGUCAACAGGCUGCUGCCAGACAUGGGUCAGCUUCUGGAUGAGAAGUUCCAGGUCGUGAGCGGCUUGACGUACCACAGGAUGGCCAUGCACGAGGACGUGGACACGUGCACUCUGAGAAAAGCGCUGUGGAACUACAUCCACUGCCUCUACGGCAUCCGCUACGACGACUACGACUACGGCGGCGUGAACGUGCUGCUGGAGCGCUCGCUGAAGGUGUUUGUCAAAACCAUGGCCUGCCACCCCGAGCAGACCACGGCGCGCAUUUACCACGCCUUCUGGAGGCACUUCAGACACUCUGAAAAGGUUCACGCUAACCUAAUAGUGAUGGAGGCUCGGCUGCAGGCGGCGCUCCUCUACACCCUACGAGCCAUCACCUACUACAUGAGAUGACGGCGUCUCACACGCUCAUCGUGCUUAUCGUAUGAGUCAGUGUUAAUACCUUCAUGCUGCUUUGCAAACGUGGAUGCAUCUAAAAACCUACUUUGCACCAAGUUCUGACUGGAUCUGCCCUCCCUGGAUAUCUUGCACACAUCAUAUCUACACUUAGUCUCGUCUGACGUCAGAAAACGAUUUUAAGAAAAGUUGUGUUUGUUUUCACCAAAGCAUUAAGCUUCAGUUCUUUGUCUGCAGUUAAAAUGCUGAGUUUGAAAAAAAAACUUGUAUUUUUAUAUGAAAUAAAGUAACUUUAUCAAUAAA